UUUUUUUUUUUUUUUUUUAGCACAGAUCGGGUAUUAAAUCAAUCCAAUGUUUAUAUUAUAUUGUUGCCGUCCUAAUUGAGAGAUAAUGUGAAGUUUGUGAAAUCAACUACUAGGUGUGCACAGCUUCUUCUCAGUUGAUGAAGUCCCUCCACCUCGAUUGGCCGAGCUGGUCACAUGGUAGCCUAACUUUAUUCAGUUGACAGCAAGUAGGAGGGCUUUAUGGAGGGAGGAAAAAAAGACAACUCGAGAAAAAUUAGUAUUUCCUACCUUCAGAAAUUAAUGGCCAUGAGUUCGUACAUGGUGAACUCCAAGUAUGUGGAUCCAAAAUUUCCUCCUUGUGAGGAAUAUUCUCAGAACAGCUAUAUACCUGAACAGAGCCCAAGCUACUACAGUCCGUCGCAGGACACUGAUUUCCAGCAUCCCGGAAUCUAUUCACGGUCAAACUACUCUGAACAGCCUUACAGUUGUAACACUGUCCAGGGCUCGUCGGUGCAGCCGCGGGGUCAUGUGCAGGAUCAAGCCAGCCACCCUAGCCCUUAUCCCGCACAGACAGAGCAGUGUCCUGCGGUCCAGAUAUCCGGACCAAGGACUUGUGGACAACAACAAAACACAAAGAGCCAGAACGGGAUACCAGCCAAGCAGCCUGCUGUAGUUUAUCCAUGGAUGAAGAAAGUGCACGUUACUACGGUGAAUCCGGAUUACACAGGAGCGGAACCCAAACGUUCUCGGACAGCCUACACAAGACAGCAAGUUCUCGAACUAGAAAAGGAGUUUCAUUUUAACAGGUAUCUAACAAGACGGCGUCGCAUUGAAAUCGCGCAUACCCUCUGUCUCUCUGAGCGACAGAUUAAAAUCUGGUUUCAAAACAGAAGAAUGAAAUGGAAAAAGGAUCACAAACUUCCUAACACGAAAGGAAGAUCGGCGUCAGCUGGAAAUCAGCAUGCACAACACGCUCAGAAGGACAGCCAGACAGAGAUUACAACUUUAUAAGUGGAUAUCUCUCCCUCCCGCCAGAUGUACAGAUGAACUGUAUGUAAUAGACAAUGCUUCAUUUGACAUUGCAUGGUAGCAAAUCGUGACAUGUUGGGUACAAGUGCCAAAAACUGAGAACCAGAAGCACACACCAUGACUAAAUGCAGCGUAAAAGCUGCUAUGCAUUAAAAUCCCAAAUUUCGAUAUUUCCAGUAUUGUAACCCUUUGUAACUGAGGCAAAGAGGAUAUGAGGCAUCGAAUGAUGAUUCACAUGCCACCACGAGGUACAGUAAAACGUUAUAAAGCUCACGCUAUUUUACACAAACUUUCCAAAUUUGUUUCAGAGCAUGGAUCGUUUUAGUGACCCUAUUUACACCAUUUUUUAAUAUCUGUAUAUCACCCGUUUCCUCUUUUUAAAAGCAUUAUGGCAAGUUUACGCCUAUGGCGAGCCAAUUUAUCCUAACUUAAUCAUUAAAGAGAACUUAAAUAAAUAAUGUCCAGCAUAUAGUAAAUUACAAAUGUGUUAGGUGUUUUUUGUACUAAAGUCGACUGGGUGCAAGUAAUAAAAACUAAAUAAAAUUAGUUAAUAAUAAGGGGGAAAAAUCCUUGCCUGGUAAAUUAUUUAUUUGUAGACUGAAAAACUGAAGAAAUUUCCUUCUCAACCUCGUUUAUUGUGCGCGCCUCAUUAACGGUUUACGUUCUAAAAGACUAUAUUUCAGUCAAGGAAUUUCAUCAUGUUCAUGUAAUUUUUAAGAAUUUCGUUAUGGACGUUUUACAUUUGUUUAUUGAAGCUUUUUAAAAUGUCCUAUUUAAUCGAGACAGAGGGAAAAAAGUCUCUUUUUGACACGAAUACCUAUUCCAUGCCUUAUACUCCACUGUCCCGCCCGACAUCUUUGUAAACAAUAUAGCUACAAUUGCAGAAGCAGUAUUUCUGUCUUCCAGAUGUUGCCUGAAAUUCUUGAAAAGCAGCUUUUUAUUUCGCAUUUUAGAUACACGUUUAGCCCUCAAGAUGUUUGAACCUUCUAUUUAUUAAAAAUGUUAAAAAGCUUUAUGUUCUACGUGAACGUAAGUAUCGUUCAACAAUUUUCAAAUUCAGUUUUGAGUUUUUAAGUUCUUAAACAUAUGUAUAUAUUUCUGUAUAUUGUGCAUAUUUUCUACAGGCAUAUUUUGCAGUAAUUAAAUAAAUAAUAUGCAGAGAGGUUUCACUCAAACUGCAUCAUUUUGUGUUAAAACUAGAAACUCUUGAGAUAGGAAAAACACGUUUUAUCAAGCACUUUCAUACACAUUAUGUUAUUUUUGAAAAGGAAUUGGUGUUAAAUCUGAAAUGGUUUUCCAACAGUGAUUAAACUU